AUGGAAGCCUCUGCUUCUCCACAGAAGCGGCGACCUCCUUCGCCGUUGUUACGCCUCGUCUAUGCGAAUCCUCCUCCUCCGACUGUGUCUUCUGCCUACCCGGCUUUCCUUGCCUUCCCCGGCCCUACUUGGGGCGCCCCUCCUCGGCUCGUCAACUACCUUACUUCCGUCCGUUCCUGCCCCUCGGGGGCCCAACCCCUCCGCCCUUUCCGUGGGCCCGACGCCCGCUCUGGACUUAUCUCACGCCCCCGGCCUCUCCGAUGCUGCCCCCCCGGUGCUGCUGUAGGCAAGAUGGACGGUACGUCAUCGAACGCAAGCAGGUACCCCGAAGCGUGCCUACUGCUGCUGCUUUUGCUGAUUGCUGCUGGCGCGAAUAAUGCUGCUGCCGCAAGCACUCCAGCCGCGAUUUCAUUAUCUUCUCCGCCACCUCCGCCUCGGCCAGGCUACGACUCCGGCUACUAUCUGGGGUGCUAUAAGGACCGGGGUGAGCCUAAUCGCGCCCUCCCCGUGCUUCUUUCUGGCGAAAGGGCGGAUAUGACACCAAGGCUCUGCGCGGCAUAUGCUCGGGAGGCUGAUAGUUCUGGCACUGUUUGUGAACAAAAAGUAAAUCCGACCAAGCAAAGGCCCAAAGCAAGCAACCGCAUAGCAAAUCAAAGGCCGUCACCUGCCACUGCAAACCACAGCACACUGGGACUCUACCGGUUCCUCAUGUACCGGCCACUGCUGCUGCUGUCCAGCCACUCCUCCAGAUACAAGUUCUACGGCGUGCAAUACGGCUCUUUUUGCUUUGGCGGAAACGACUUGAAGCGGGCCACCGGCUUCGGUGUCAGCACCCAGUGUUCUAUGCAAUGCGCUGGCGACGCCUCCAAAACAUGUGGAGGGUAUUGGGCCAAUGGCCUGCAUACCCUGAGCUUGGACCUUGGCUGCUUCGCGGAUAAUGCCACACGACGUCUACCGACACGUCUCGAUGGAGCAGAUAUGCAAGCAGAAUUCAAGCUGCCCCAGUUCUGCGAAAUGCUUGCACGUCAGGCGGGUUUGAAGUUUUACGGCCUUCAAUACGGCAGUCAAUGUUUUGGCGGCAACGAUCUCCAAUGGGCUACAUCUCUUGGACCUAGCUCUGGUUGCACCUAUCCAGCUGUUGCUGACAACAGCCAGCAGUUUGGUGGAUGGUGGGCUAACAGGAUCUUUGCAGUUGCCGACAACGUCGUGGCCACGGAUGGCCUCUCCAAUCUAGCCUUGCGCAAGCCUGCGUAUGCCUCCUCUAUCUACAAUAACAAUGACAACUAUUAUGCACCCUACCGUGCUGUGGAUGGUCUAAGGGCCGACUUCCCUGUAUUCCACACCGCCAAUGAUGAUACAUCAGCAACAUGGCUCUCUGUGGAUUUGGGUGUCGUGUCCACAAUUGUUCGUGUGGUUAUCUACAACCGCUGCGUCUGCUGCAGUGGCCGUCUGCAGUCUGCAGAGUUGCGUGUUGGAAAUGUCAGCUUGAUGGGGUGGGCAGACACGAGCAGCAUUACACGGAAUCCGUUGGUUUGGAAGCAGACCAAGAAUUUGGGCAUUUGUGCGCCUCAAGUCGUCACCUUGGAUCCACCCCGGGUGGGGCGCUGGGUCACACUUCAAAACAAGAACCCGAGCCAAACACUACCUGAUUAUUAUCUACAAGUCACUGAGCUGGAGGUCUUAGGGUUCCCAUCUGCUGCCCUGUGGGAACGCCUUCUGCACAAAUUUGGGAAACAAUUGGGCGUGUGGGCCCUGUCCGGCUUCAAGCAUCCCUACUAG